GCUUGCGCAGGGCUGCCGCGGGUCGGAGCGGAGCCGGCCGUGCCCUGUCGUGUCCCGGUUCCGGCCAUGGCUCCCAAGGGAGGCCUCAAGCAGCAGUCGGAGGAGGACCUGCUCCUCCAGGACUUCAGCCGCAACCUCUCGGCCAAGUCGUCGGCGCUCUUUUUCGGGAACGCCUUCAUCGUGUCGGCCAUCCCCAUCUGGCUCUACUGGAGGAUAUGGCACAUGGACCUCGUGCAGUCGGCGGUCCUCUACAGCGUCAUGACCCUGGUCAGCACUUACUUGGUCGCUUUUGCAUACAAGAACGUCAAAUUUGUCCUUAAACACAAGGUAGCCCAGAAGAGAGAGGACGCUGUCUCCAAAGAAGUGACUAGGAAACUUUCUGAGGCUGACAACAGGAAGAUGUCUCGGAAGGAGAAAGACGAAAGAAUCCUGUGGAAGAAGAAUGAGGUGGCUGAUUAUGAAGCUACCACCUUCUCCAUCUUCUACAAUAACACGCUUUUCCUGGUCUUGGUCAUUGUGGCUUCUUUCUUCAUCCUGAAGAACUUCAGCCCGACUGUGAACUAUAUCUUAUCCAUAAGUGCCUCAUCAGGCCUGAUCGCCCUGCUGUCUACUGGCUCCAAAUAAAUGAAGAAACAGAUCCUUCUUUGUAUGGGGGAGCUGUGGUAGGCUGGAGAGGAGGAGGAGAGGGCUUGGGGAGGGGGGCACCCGAGAACUUUUUUCUAGUCAAAUUUAACAGGUUUUGUGUAUGUUUUUUAAAACUAAGAAAAUGUAAAAUAACUUUUGUUUUUUGGGCUCCUUUUGACAGAUUGUUGAAAUAAAUAAAUUGGCCAGAAAACUCAGUGUCCCAGAACAUUUAUUAAAUAGCAAAGAGUACUUCGUAAUAAGCUAUAAUCACAUUUGAGCAGAAAAUAACUUGUUUCCUUGACCUGUCAAAGGUCACAGUAACCUGAGCUAUUCUGUUGUUUUUAUAAAAGCAAGAAGUUAAUGACUGGUUUUCUGUGUUCCCAGUAGAAAAUUAUAAUUUUUUUUAACAGCAAAUACCAAUAUGAAGUAUUUUUUUCUUUCUUAGUUUUGUCAGCAGCCUUAUUUGUACUUUUAUGCAACAGACCUAAAAAUGUCCCAAAUUUAGAGUUUGAAAUAUUUCAUUUAAAAGAAAGCUUGGAUACCCAAAUUUUUUCAUGGGAAAAAAACAUUAGAAAAGUUACAUUUCAAUUUCAAAAAAUUGUUGUCUAAAGGAGAUGAUUACAAACAUAGCAUUGUCCUGCCAAGCAUGUCAGGCUAUGCUGUUAAAUCCCUAGCCUUUUGAAUGAUCUGUGCAGUGUUAGCCCCAUGUGGUUAGAAACUCGGUCACGUUGACCGCGUCAGUCCUGUUGCUUCAGUUUCCCGAGCUUGAAAUUUCAUUGACAUCCCUGAAGGCAAACACGAACACACUUCUCCACGGAAUCCCAGUGACAUUUGAAAGCACAAAGGAAACCUUGUGAUCUUCAUUAGAGGACUCUGAAAGUGGUCUGGAGAAGAGUUCUGAGGGCUGCUUCUGGACUUGCCAGCAGAGUUCCAAUGGGAGUUGUGUCAGUUUGACCCACUGGCCAGAAACGGGACAACAGUCACCAGUGCCGAUGGUUUCAUGUUCUGGUUAGCUUUUACUCGCCACAUGUGGUCAUUCUUUAAAGCCCUCGGUGCGAGUGUGUCAGAGGAAUGUAGCUUGUACAUCUGAAAUACUCCUGUUAAAUUUGGAAUUUGAAAAAGAAAAAGUUAUACUUGUCAUCUGUUGACAGCUAGAGUUGGUGUGCUGUGGUGUAGAAAGAGUUGUGGAUUUGCAGUUAGGACCUGGGUUCAAAUCUUGCUUUCCUAAAAUUGGGCCCGUCGUUUAACUGUUCUAGAAAUCUUGUUUCCUUAUUUGUGACAUGAAAGAUUGUAAUCUUUUAAGUGCUUUUCCAGCUCCAUAAAACAAUCGCUGUUAAAAGCUAACUUGUCAGUCAUUGUAACUUGUAUUCUGAUAGGGCAACAUUAAAACGUACAUGAAAGGAAGA